UUCCAGUUGCUGACGCUAGGAGCUGUCCGCGGUGCUGAAACGGCUCGACUCAGUCUGAGAGGUGCUGACAGAAACUGAACAUUCUCCGGCUCUCCUCCGUUCGCAAUAACAAAUCUAAUCAGAGCUCCCCGUCUCGUUCCUCACAGCGCGUGCGGCGGAGGUCUCACGGAACGUGUGUGUCCUGCUCCUCUUUAAUUAUUCGGAAAGUGUUUUAAUACAAGGACAUAUUCUGUGAUAGGAGCCCACUGCCGCGAGCAUGUACUCGACAAGAACUUACACACCAAACAUGGCCAUUCUGAUUCUGGCCGUAUUUGCUGUCGUGUGGAUGGCACGAGGGCAAGGUUCUUUUGUGGACAGGAGGUUAGCAGUCACCCAAAGAGGAGGUCAGCUGGAAGCAGAGGACGGGUCCAAUCCAUAUCACACCACACAGGACACAGACAGAGGCCUGCCGCUGUUCACAACGGCUCCCCCUUACAGUGGCCUCGACCACCAUCCGCCUUUUAAGCCCUACCCGCCUUACGACCCUCGGGGCCAAAGCCAUGAGCAGUAUUUUCAGGACAGCGGAGGGGCAGCUCACCAUCCCACAAUUCCAUCGUCUAAUUCCCAUCUCCUCCAGGAUCCGUCCACACAGCUGGUCCCACACAAGGAUGCACCUCCAUUCUCUGAUGUAGCAGCUCCCAGAACCACCACACUGGCUCCAUCAGCCGCCGCCCUCACCCAGCCACACGUGCCCAACAUCCAGCGCAAACCUUCAGCAGAAACGCAGAGGAGAAGCACAGAGGAACCACCCGUGUCCAUCACCGUAGCUUCAGUGACCACCGCGGACGUGCACACAUCCGCUCUGCCUGCUUCCAAACAAUCAGACAGAGGAGAUGUCACUCCGUCCUUAACCAACGAGCCCAAAGAUGCAACAAUCCUGCUGAAAAGAGACAAAGCAAAGCCUUCAAUACUCAAGGUAGAACAUGGCGCUCCAGGAAGUGAUGUUGCUGUAAAAGCAUCAUCAAUGCCUGGGGAUUUGGAUGAGGAGACCACCACCUCCACCAUCAUCACCACAACGGUUAUUACGACCAUGCAGGCGCCAGCUCCAUGCAACACUAAUUUCACAUCGCCGGGAGGCUACAUAGAGACACUGCAGCAAGCCAGGAGUUGGUACAAUAUGGAUGUGGACUGCACAUACACCGUGACAGUCUACUUGGGCUAUGGGGUGGAAAUUCAGGUGAUGAACGUGAGCCUGGUUGAGAGUGAUGUGGUCAGAUUCGAAGACCUGGGCGGACGGGAACCUUCUGUGCUGGCCAACGAGUCCAUCUUGCUGAAAGGUCUGGUGGUACGCAGCUGGAGCAACCAAAUCUCCAUCCACUUCCGCAGCCGACACCCGCAGUCCAGCUCCUUGCUGCUGCGUUAUCAAGCAUUUGUAUUAAGUUGCAACUUCCCAGAUAGACCAGCAUAUGGUGACGUGUCUGUCACCAGCCUGCAUGCAGGAGGAGAGGCCUAUUUCUACUGCUUCAGUGGAUACCAACUCCAGGGUCCCUCCACCCUCACGUGCCGCAAUGCCACCACACCCUACUGGAGCGGCAAAGUGCCACGCUGUCUUGUGGCCUGCGGUGGAAUGGUUAAGAACACGACUCUCGGUCGCAUUGUGUCUCCUGGUUUCCCUGGCAACUACAGCAACAACCUGACAUGCCACUGGGUGCUGGAGGCCCCUGAGAGUCAACGGCUGCACGUGCACUUUGAGAAGGUGGCCCUCGCAGAAGACGAUGACAGGUUUCUGAUUAAAAACGGCAACCACAUUGAUUCGCCAAUUUUGUACGACUCGUACGAGGUGGAAUACCUUCCGAACGAGGGAAUCGUUAGUUCCACCAGACAUCUCUUUGUGGAGUUUACGACGGAUGGAUUCGGCACCAACACAGGAGUAGCCAUCAGAUAUGAAGCUUUUGCAGCCGGGCACUGCUACGAGCCAUUUGUCAAGUACGGCAACUUCACCACCACUGACAGCACCUACACUGUGGGCACGGUUGUGGAGUUCACCUGUGACCCCGGAUACACCCUGGAGCAGGGCUCUGUUAUCAUCGAGUGCAUGGAUCCCAGCAACCCUCAAUGGAAUGAGACUGAGCCCGCCUGCAGAGCGGUUUGCAGUGGAGAGAUCACAGAUUCAGCUGGGGUGGUGUUGUCUCCAAACUGGCCUGAAGCCUAUGAUAAGGGUCAGGACUGCAUCUGGGGGAUCCAUGUUGAAGAAGACAAGAGGAUCAUGCUAGACAUCCAAGUUCUUCACAUGGAAAAAAACGACCUGCUGACUUUUUACGAUGGAGAUGACCUGACUGCGAAGAUACUGGGCCAGUACAGUGGUUCCCGUCCUCGGUUCAAACUCUACACCUCUAUGGCUGAUGUGACCAUCCAGUUCCAGUCAGACCCUGCUACCAACAUCUACGGCUACAACAAUGGCUUUGUGGUGCACUUUUUCGAGGUUCCCCGUAAUGACACCUGUCCAGAGCUUCCGGAGAUCUCCAACGGCUGGAAGACCACAUCUCACCCUGACCUGGUGCACGGCACAGUGGUGACCUAUCAGUGUUACCCAGGUUUUGAGGUGGUGGGCACCGAAAUGCUCAUGUGUCAGUGGGACCUGACUUGGAGCGGAGACUUGCCUAGAUGUGAAAGAGUCCUGUCAUGCCCGGAUCCAGGCACGGUGGAAGCCCCACCAGUCACAAGUUCGCAGGGUGGGAUGUCAGGCCCCGCGUCUCAUUAGCUUUAGGCUACUGUCCAGUACAUCUGUAACAAAGGCUACUCGCUGUCAGGAAACAGCCUCCUCUCCUGCUACCCAUCGUGA